UGAGCACUGCACUCUGCACGCCUAGAAAUAAGAAAGACGGAGCAAAGAGACUUGAAAAGGCAGCGACUCACGGCGAAGACGACACAACUGAUCGUGUGUUACUAUGAAUUCGCAGGAGUCCAAGUCAGCGGCUGCGGCGUCGUAUGACUAUGAAAACGACCCCAGAUGGGCUGAUUAUUGGGGUAAUGUUCUCAUUCCCCCAAACAUGGCUGCGCGUCCCGAUGUUGUUAAUCACUUCAAACGCAAGUUCUACCAGCGCUUCAUUGAUCCUGAGUUGGUGGUUGAGCCAAUUUCUACUAGCAGUACUUCCCAAACAACUAGACCAUCAACAUCAAAUCCAAGCAAUCAAACACGACAGCAAACAUCAGAGUCUACUACCAGAGCAUCAGGCACAUAUGUAUCUCCAGCUUCUUUGCGCUGGGAUCGACAGACAAUACAAUUUUCCCUCAACGCCUGGGUCUUUGUUGUUGCUGUUCUGGCAGUGUUUCCUCUUUCACCUCAAAAUCUUUCAAAUAGGGCUUAUCGGCUAUCUUUGACGGGAACUGCAUGUUCUUCUUUGUAUUCUUUGUACUCUCUAUACGGGAAACCUAGAGCUUGGAACCUGCAAGCUGUGCAAGUCUGGUUUCAGACGGUACUAGGAACCAAAGAUUUCAUCUACUUCAUUUACUGCCUUACUUUUGUCACAUCACAACUCAGCCUUAAAUUUGCGUUGAUUCCUAUUUUAUGUCGGGCUAUUGAAAUUGUUGCAAAAUUUCUGAGACGUAAUUUUGGUCGCUCCUCCUUGUAUCGAAAGUACUUCGAAGAACUCUGUGUGUGGGUGGAGUCAAAUGCAGCUACUAUAAGUAUGCUGUCUUCACAAGCUGAGAUUGGGAUUGGAUUCCUCUUAAUUGUUUCCCUCGUCUCGUGGCAGCGGAACAUAAUACAAACAUUUAUGUACUGGCAGCUCCUAAAACUUAUGUAUCAUGCCCCUGUAACUGCAAGUUACCAUCAAAGUAUGUGGGCACAGAUUGGCAGGAUUGUUAAUCCUUUGGUGGCCAGUUACGCGCCAUUUCUUAGCACUCCAAUAUCAACAAUACAGAGGUGGUGGCUGAGGUAAUAAAAACUAUGGAAGGAAACAACACACUGAGAAAACUAUGAUCUGAUAGAGUAGCAGUGAAUUCUAUACUAGUUUAAAGGUUGUUGUAAUUGUACUUAAAAAUAUAGGAUCUUUUUACAAGUGACCAAGCUGUGGUCUUUAAUAGAGCUGUUAACUGACAAGGGGAUCUCUCCUAAUAAUAUCUUACUUCUACAAGGAAUCAGUAAAAGCAAACUGCCAGUAUCCUAUUUUAUGA